AUGCGGGGCUGCGUGGCUCUGUUGGCCGCCUGUGCAGCCCUCUCGGCGGGCUUCGGGAGCCCCGCGGCCGCGGCGCAGGAGGCUGCGGCUGCGGGGAACGGCUCCGCGGUGCCCCGGGGGCAGAGCUCCGGGGACGGGGAGCGGGCGGCGGGGCGCGGCGGCUGCCCUGGCCGCUGCCGGUGCGAGGUGGACGGGCUGCUGCACCGGGUGGACUGCUCGGACCUGGGGCUCCGGGAGGUUCCGGGCAACCUGAGCGUCUUCACGUCCUACCUCGACCUGAGCAUGAACAACCUGACGGUGAUGUCCGGCGGAGCGCUGAGCAACCUGCACUUCCUGGAGGAGCUGCGUUUGGCGGGAAACGAUCUGUCCUUCAUCCCCAGAGGAGCGUUCGCCGGCCUCUACAACCUCAAAGUGCUGAUGCUUCAGAACAACCAGCUGAGGUCCGUUCCUGCCGAGGCCUUCAACAACCUGCACAACCUGCAGUCACUCCGUCUGGACGCCAACCACAUCUCCAGCGUUCCCGUUGGCUGUUUCUCCGGCCUGCGUUCGCUCCGCCACCUCUGGUUGGACGAUAACUCCCUGACGGAGGUGCCGGUGGAGGCUCUGAGCGAGCUGCCCGCCCUGCAGGCCAUGACGCUCGCCCUCAACCACAUCGGCCACGUCCCCGACCACGCCUUCAGCAGGCUGGGCCGCCUCGUGGUGCUGCAUCUCAACAACAAUAGGAUCGUUUCCAUGGGAACGAGCUGCUUCCACGGACUCCACAGUCUGGAGACGCUGGAUUUGAACUACAACAGCCUGGUGGAGUUUCCUACGGCCAUCCGGUCGCUGAGUCACCUCAAGGAGCUUGGUUUCCAUAGCAACAACAUCCAGUCCAUCCCAGAACACGCCUUCACCGGAAACCCGUCGCUGAUCACCAUAUUCUUCUACGACAACCCGAUCCAGUCCGUCGGACGUUCGGCGUUUCAGAACCUGCCGGAGCUUCGGACGCUGUCUCUGAACGGAGCCGCGGAUCUCACCGAGUUUCCAGACCUGACGGGAACCAGGAGCCUGGAGAGUCUAACCAUCACUGGAGCUCGGAUCACGUCUUUGCCCGGUUCGGUUUGUGAGCAGCUUCCAAACCUGCAGCUGCUCGACCUCUCCUAUAACCAGAUCCAGACUCUUCCCAGCUUCUCGGCCUGUGAGAGCAUCCAGAAGAUUGACCUGCAUCAUAAUGAGAUCGAGGACGUUGAGGAGAACACUUUCGCCGGUCUGAUGUCGCUUCGUUCGCUCGACUUGUCCUGGAACCGGCUGACGUCCGUCAAGCCGAACUCGUUCUCGGCUCUUCCUGCUUUGAACAAACUCGACCUGUCGUCCAAUCAGCUGUCGUCUCUGCCCCUGAUUGGCCUGCAGAGCCUGACUCACCUGCGAUUGGCCGGAAACGAUCAGCUGAUGGAGCUGAUUCCUCGGGAGGAGCUUCCCCGGGUCAGGGUGAUGGAGCUUCCCUUCGCCUUCCAGUGCUGCGCCUUCGUGUCCUGCGACCGGCGAGGAGGAGCUCCGUCCUGGGAGAGAGACGAGGCCGAGUCGGCCGGAAGAGACGCCGCCGCCGGCUUCUCCAGUCAAGUCGAUCAGGACUGGGAGGAUUUCCUGAUGGAGUUUGAGGACGAACCCAAACCUCAGCACUCGGUUCACUGCAGCCCGACGCCAGGUCCGUUCCGUCCUUGCCUACACCUGCUGGGCAGCUGGAUGAUCCGCGGGGGGGUGUGGCUCAUCGCCGCCAUCUCAUUGGUCAGCAACAGCCUGGUCGUCCUGUCCGUCUUCUUCUCCCCCGCCGCCUCGGCCACGCCCCCCAGGCUGCUGAUUGGCCUGCUGGCUCUGGUGAACGGCCUGAUGGGAGUGUGGAGCGGCUGGUUGGCGGCGGUGGACGCCUGGACAUUCGGCAGCUUCUGGAGGUACGGUGCAAAGUGGGAGAGCAGCUUCCUGUGUCGAUUCAGCGGCUUCCUGUGUGUGUUUGCGUCACAGACCGGCCUCUUCCUGCUGACCGUCGCAGCCCUGCAGCGAUGCAUGGCCGCCGACGCUCGACGCAACAAAACCGACGGGAGCAGCGGUCGCUCCUCGUCGCCGCUGUCCGUCCGUCUGUCCGUCGGCCUCUGCUUCCUGCUGGGCCUGGCCGUCACGCUGCCCCCCCUGCUGGCCGGACACAGCAGCACCUCGCUCUGCCUGCCGAUGCCGUCGCCGUCCUCCUCGUCCUCGCUGGCCUUCUCCGUCUCCCUGGUGCUGUUCGACUCGCUGUGCUUCCUCCUCAUGACGCUCGCCUACACUCGCCUGUACUGCCGGGCCAACAAGGCCCCGCCCGCCUCGGAGGAGGAGGCGGCGCUGACUCGGCACGUGGCCUGGCUGCUCUUCUCCGACUGCCUCCUCUACCUCCCCGUGGCCUUCCUCUCCUUCUCCGCCCUGCUGAGGCUUCCUGCCGCCGGGCCGGAGGCGGCGAAGGGAGUCCUGCUGCUGGUGGCGCCGCUGCCGGCCUGCGUCAACCCGCUGCUCUACCUGCUGUUCAACCCGCUCGCCAGGGAGGAGCUGGCAGCGCUGGCCAAACGCACCUGUGGGGCUCUGGCGCUACCGAAGCUCCACCGAGGAAGAGGAGGAGGAGGAGGAAGGUCGAAGCCGAGCACGACGGACUCGACGUACGACGAGGACGCAGAGAAACAGUCGUGUGACUCGACGCAAGCGCUGGUGGUGGUGAAGGAGGAAGAGGAGGAGGCGGGAAGAGGAAGGAGCGAGGCGCAGCACUCGGUGGCGUUUGUUGCUCCACGUCACUGA